AUGAAUGGAGAGAGUUGGGUUGACUCUGAGUGUGAGGGACAUUGCAUGAGGGGUGGCGGAGGUAAAGGUGGAUGGGGAGGUAGCACGGUAGGAUAUAGGUUAUGUGGUGCUUGGAGUAACGGGUUGGCAGGUGGGGUACAGGUUACUGGUGGCGGUCCACACGUGGUCGUGUGUGUCAGGGGCACAUGGGGGUUUAAGUCUAUGUGA